UUACCCAUUGUUUCCUUCUUUAGAGGAUCCUUAUAGGAGUUUGUUACAUUGCGAAAUGACGAAGGGAAACUGUGCCUCUCCCACAGCCCCAGUUCUUUACCAGUUGGCUAAGUGAGACCUCAUUGUCUGCAUCCCUUCUGGACACCUCAGGGACUCAAUGGUGGGGAAUUCACAUGGCUUCUAUCCUUCCAGCCACACUUUAUGCUUGCUUAUUGAUGAUUGGUGACAGUGGUGACACCACAGCAGAGUUGGUCUGGCAAGCAGAAAUCCAGGCACCCACCUCUCAGAUCUCGGUGGAUCUCAGGACUCGAGACCAGUGCCCUUCAACUGGGAAGUGCUGGACUGUGAGAUCUCUUGGGGUCUGGGAUAUUUUUUGAGGGGAGUUAAAAGAUAUGCAGUGUUUUUAGGUGAGAAGUAGAUGGAGAAGAAAGGGGAAGUUUUUAAAACUGUUGGUGAGUUUUGAAGAAUAAGAGUGAAGAGAUGGAGAAUUUUGGAAAUUAACUUGGUGGCUGAACUGUUGUUUUUCUCUUUGUCUUGUUUUGGGAGGAGAGAAAAUUAGGGAUGUGAUGAGUACCUUUGGGGAGAAAGUCCUCAGUUUUUAUAAAGUUAUCAAAGAUUAAGAAUGUCCACUGAUUUGCACAAAAUAUUUUAAUGGAGUCUAUAUUUAAUAGUCUCAUAUUUAAACUACUUUGGUCUGUGUGUAAGUUUCCUGUGGCUAUUGAAACGAAUACCACAAACUAAGUGGCAUAAAACAGAAAUUUAUUCUCUCAGAGUUCUGAAGGCCAGAAGUCUGAAAUCAGUAUCACUGGGAUACAAUCAAGGGGCUGGCAGGGGUCUUCUAACUUCCGGUGGCCGCCAGCAUUCUUUGUGUUGUGAGUUCAUCCCUCUAAUCUCUAAGGCCAGUGCCUUCAAAUCUCUCUCUACUCCAUCUUCAUAUUACUUCUCUAUGUGUUUUAAAAUCUCACUCGGCGUCUCUCUUACAAGAAUACUUGUGAUUGCAUUUAGGACUCACCUAGAUGAUAAUCCAGGACAAUCUGCCCAUUUCAGGAUCUUUAACUUAAUGACAUCCACAAAGACCUUUUUUCCAAAUAAGAUAACAUUUACAGGUUUCAGAGUUUAGGAUCUGAUAUCUUUGGGGGCCAUUUUCAGCCUACCACAGACUGUAUUAUUCCUUUUUAGACCUUAAUUUUACUCUAGAUCUGGCUCUCAAAGCAGAUUAUACUGAGACUCUUGACAUCCCAAAUGACUUACUUAUUUUUUGGCAAUAAUUGCCAUUUUUAAUUGAACCACUUUUCAUGGAGUACUGUUGCAUUCUAGUAGCACAAUAAAAUAAACUUAAAACCCUCAAAUAGCUAAUUAUUUCAAAAAGUAGUCAGGAAAACAGUAAGUUAGUGAAAGAGAUUAAAUUGUACUUUGACUGUCACAGAACUGGCAUAUGACUCAAUAAAAUUUAGUGAUAGCUUUUAGUUUUGGGCAGCCACGAACUAAUUCUUGGUUUUAUAAGGCUUUAUUGGUCAGGUUGGUGUAUGAGCAAGGCCUAAUCUUUUAUACUCAUUGUACCACGUGAAUUUCUGUAGUGGCCUAUUACAAAUUACAUGUCUUCAUCUAUACUUCCUAGGAGCAUAUGGUUUAUAGCUUAUAGCUUAGAAUGAUUUCUUCAGACCCUUAGUUAAUGCUUGUGACAUAUUUAGAUUAAGACUUUUCACAUUAAAGUGUUUUUUAAAUAUAUACUGGUGGCAUAUUUAAGUAUACUGAAUGCUUUAGAUUAUUGAAUCCUACCAGACUUACUACAUAAAUCUUCCUUUUGUGUUAGAGGAAUGGAUGAGCUAGAGAAUCUCAGUGCAGCCAGUUCUGUUUUGGCUUUGGGAUAUUGCUUUAAAUGUCUCAACCUUAGGGAUUGCCUAAAUCUCAAUAUGGGAAUAAAUUUUUAUGAGCAUUGUUUGAUAAAUGGUUGGGAAAAAAAGAGAUACAGAAAAAUCCUUAGUUUCCUUUUCUUUUAUUCAGUCAUCAUUUUAGUUGGUUUAUAUAUGUAAAUAUUGAUAACUGAUAGAUUUGGCACAGGAAGAGACAGAUUGCAAGAGGGAAAAUGGAAGGCUAAUUCUCAUUUGCCCUGUAAUUUUUCUCUAGCAUGCAUGAUGUUCAUUAAUUCUUCUGUGCAGCCAAAUAUUACAAGAACUUUUCUUCUUCUAGUUGGGGAUCAUCAGCGUUGUGAAGAACUUCAGCAUGAGAACAGAUUUACUGUUGAAUAUCAUCCAGACAAACAAAGUGCAGAUGUGCCAGCAGGAGCAGUGGAAGAAUGCAUCCAGAAGUUCAUCGAAAUUGAUCAGGCGUGGAAAAUUCUAGGGAAUGAAGAGACAAAAAAAGAGUAUGACCUGCAGCGGCAUGAAGAUGAUCUGAGAAGUAUGGGACCAGUAGAUGCACGAGUAUAUCUUGAAGAACUGUCCUGGAAUGAAGAUGAUCAUUCUUUUUCGCUGAGUUGCCGAUGUGGUGGAAAAUACAGUGUUUCCAAGGAGGAAACAGAAGAAGUUAACCUGAUUUCUUGUGAUACAUGUUCACUAAUUAUAGAACUCCUUCAUUCUAGCUGAAAUUGUUCAUUACUUGAAAUCCUUUAACUUGUUUAUUCAGACAUGUUGAGAAGAAUCCAUUCAAGCAAACGUUUAAAGAAGUAGAUUCUUUUUUGUCUGCCGUAUUAUUUGCAGAGGAAAUACUCUAUUGUCAAGCAGACGCCAGCUGCUAAAAAUAAUAGAAAAUUUAGUUAUUUAUAUGUAUUUAUAAUUUACUUACAGAUUGCCAAAUAAAAAAAGGACUUGAAAUACAAAUUAUAAUUAGUCAAUUCUCAUUUGAGAAUUUGUUACUGAUUCACCUUAAGAAUAUUCUUUUUCCUCAUGUAAGCAUGUCUCCUGCUUUAGUGGGUAACAGUAUCAUCAUAUUCCUUUGCAGCUAGUUUCUGAUGUAACAGAUGAUGUGUCUAGGUAGAGAUAGGCCUAUCCUACCUCUGUUUCAAAUUGUAAGUUAAUUAGAAUUAAAUUAGAAUCUUUGUGAAUAACGUGAGUCCACUUCUUCCACAGCGAAAGCUGGAUAUGGAUAUUCACAAAGUUAUUUUGAAGUUAAAGGCAGCAAGGGGCAACUGUAAAAAGAAGGAUGGAAUUAAAAUCAGAAGGCUUAACUCAGAUCUUGAGCCCAUAUUUUCAAAUCCAUGCAGCAAUACUAAAGGGACUAAGCUCUUAAACACUGCCAUUUUUAACUUUAGAAUGUAAUUUUGGAAAUGGAAGCCUUUUAAAAAAUAAUUUGAAACAGGUAUAGUAAUCUCCUUUUUAUGUCAAAUUAUUACAGUAGUUAUGCCUAUAUUUAUGAAUAAGGAACCAUUCCAUUGCUGAUAUGAUGAAAUGAACUUUUAUAAUGUAUUAUUCUGAUUAUAGCAGACUGUAAAUGUCAUGACCCUUAAAGAGUUAUUUUUCUAUGUACAGUUGAUUCUCAUUAUGUCUGGUAGCUAAUGUUCUGUACAGUUGCUGCAACACUGAAUUAGCGAAUACUGAACCAUUCCUCUUAGAGGAAAUUCCUAUGAGCCUCUGGUCAUCAAUCAGUACAGAACCUUGUUUUAUGUGUUUUUGUUUAAAGAGUCCUUACAUAUUUCUUACAAAUAAUUAUAUGCAGUAUUUCUUUACGAUAUACAAUAUUUGAAUUACAGCACUUUUGUGUUAUCUAAUCUCACUACUAUAACUCUUUCACUCAGUUGAAAAAACACAUAUGUAAACAGUAUACAUACACAGUACUCAAGGGAAACAUACAGAAGAGGAAGAUGUUGAUGAAGACGGCAUGUUGACUUCUGGCAGUUCUACCUCAGGAGUUUGGCUUUCAUGACUCAUUGAAUUUGCUUAAAAAAUUGCGUCAGCCUUGUCGAUUGGCUUUUUGCCUCAAAUUUUUAAGGUUCUUGGUAUAAGGGGUGAAUGCAGUGGUGGUUAGGUGCUUAAAUUUGAGGAUGCAUUCAAGCAUAGGGUCACAUUCUUCCAGGUCAUUGAAAAUUUUUCCAAGGCAUAAACUAUUCCAAUACUUUGGCCACUGUGAGAGGGACAAUUCUUGGAGUCUUAGGCUGAUUUUCAUAGUCACCUUUGGCCAUUACUGAGUUCUUGUUUGCCAUCUCAUCCAGGUCUUCAUUGGUGAGUCUUACUAUCUUCUUUGCCAAAAUUUCUUCCACGUCGUCUUCCCUCACGUCGUCAAAGCUUUCUCUACCUGUAUGCCAUGCAGUACAUAUUAUUUUUUAAACAUCAUUCUUUAUAUUUUCUGUAACACUUAAGAAGCCUUUGAAAUUUUUCAUGCAGUCCAGUCACAUAUCUUUCCAACAUGAUGAUACCCUGUUUGAUGCUCUCCCAGGCUUUACCGACAUAACCAGUAAUAUUGUGUAUAGUGACUGACUUCCAGUAGUCCAUCAUGUUGGCUUCCUUGUUGGUUUUGAGAGCCUUGCAAGUCUUCCUAUAAAGCUUCCUUGUAUAGUGCACCUUGAAAUAUUUUAUUAUGGCCUGACCAAGGGGCUGGAUGAGAGAUGUAGUAUUUGGGGCAUGAAAAAAACUUCCUUGGGGUGGGAAUUUUUGAGUUCUCAUGGCAGUGGGCUGGAGCAUUAACUAAAAACCUUAAAGGCAAGGUUCUUGCCUAGAGAUAGAUAGUGUUCAACUUCUGAGACAAAGCAGUUGUGGAACCACUUCCAGAGUGUUUCAAAGGUCAUCUGUGCUUUUUUGUUCCACCUCUAAUAGACAGACAUGUGGUUCUGGUUUUUCCUUUAAGUGCUCCUGGAUUUGGGUUUCUGUCUACCAUUUAGGGUUUGCACUUAAAGUUCUCUUUGCAAUGGUGCACUAUAGCAAGGUUGCUGGUCUUCAGAUGAUUUAAAGCAGCAGCUUUGAAGGCCAUUUGUAUUAUAUAGAUUUGUUUGCCGAAGUCCUUGUAAAAAAACCAGUCUUGUCUCAUCACUAUUGAAAACUUGUUCUUCCAUAUAAUCCUUUUCCUAUAUAACAAUUAGCAGGUAUUUUUAAAAUGCUUCUGCAGCCUUCUGAGCUGCAGAACCUGCCUGCAAGUUUAACAUUUUUCACGCCUUUGAAACGUGCAAGCAAACUAGCCAGCACAAGCCAAGAAGGGUUUAACAUUCUCCUGGCCCAGGGCAACAUGACCAUAAAUUUCUUUGGCUUUCAGCCUCAAAACAAUGUUGUCCAUUACAUUUCUUUAAAAAAAAUUGGCCGUCAACUCAUGAAUUCACAAUUUAGCCACUUUCCCAUAGCUUCAUCAUGCACUAUAGAUGUUACCUUAGCACUUCCCAGAGUGGCUUCAUGUUACAGAUUGGCAAGUUUCCUCUUUUGUUUUUCUGGGUGUACCAUAUUGUUGAUUCAUUAACACUUAAAUCACAGCCAGCAGUACUAUAACUGAUGCCUGAAGGAAGCUUAUCUAACAGAUGUAUUUUCUCUGUAAGGCACAUCACAGCUUUGCACUUAAGAACACCACUUAUGUUCUUAAGGACAGCACUUCAGCACUAUAUUGAGGCCAGUUUAGGAGCAAAAUCAUCAACAAAAACAUAAAAAUGUGAAAAACAUGGCACUAAAUAUACUGUACUGGGAAAAGAACACUUGCUCAGUCUGAGAGGUGAAACAAGAAGGCAAAGAACAUUGCCUUGUUCAACCUUAGCUGGGAAUGAGUACUUCAGGCAACUCAAAUUUUUCACUGUUCUGCACAUACCCAUGAAUGACCACAAAAGCACCAUGAGUAUUGAUUUUGGGGUUAUAAAUUUUAGCAAGUAGGUUAGUUUGCAAAUACAGAAUCCACAAGUAAAGAUCAACUGUAUUAUUCUGUAAUUCAGAAUUCAUUUAAAUAACUUCAAGGGAUCCUUUAAGGGAUCACUGAAACUUUUUGAGUGGGCCAAGCAUGUGACUUAGUGGCUUUUUAUUAUGUGAAACUUGCUAUUAGACUGGACUUCAAAGUAAUAGUAAGUAUUCUCACUUGUAAAUGUAGCUGAAGUAUGAGGCAUAUUUAAAAAUAGAGUGGAUUACUUUCAUUAAAUGUAUAAAACCAAAAAUUCUAAAAGUGAGGUAGUCGUUCAGGUUUUCCACUCAAAAUAUAUUUUUAUCAAUUUUAAAAUUUAGGUAACUUUUGGUUUAAAUUUUUAUAUAUUUUGAACUAAUGUAACUUAGAGUGUGUAUGGCUUAUUCUUUACAUUUAAACAUUAAAAAUAAAAGUGAAUAGCAAAUAUUUUAUUGGUAAAUACAUGGUUGAAAUGACAGUAAUAAAAUCACUUGAACAGGAGACAGUAAUCAAAUCAAAAGAAUAAAUGCUUGCUAAUCAUCAGAAAAUCUGUGGCCAUUGGGGCUGUCACGUAGAAAUCCAAACUCACUCAGAGGCCAAAUCUGUAAAAUUGAAGACAAUUAAUGAAAGUGAUGUUACAUCACCACCAUAUUCCCUUUUUUUUCAUUCAUCCCUUUUCUCUAUAUCAGAUAAUAUUUAGUCAAGAAUAAAAUUUUUCCGUAUCAUAGUAAGACUUUAGAAAAUAAACGUAUGUAUAUAUAUGUGUGUGUGUGUGCGUGUAAGCUGUAUAAAGUUUGCAUCAUUCAAACAUUAUAUAAGAAAUGUGUAUAAUGUGAAUAUAUACAUGGGUAUAUAAUAUGUGUAUGUAUUUUCUUAUCCUACCCUCAGUAAGAUUUAACUGUAAGCCUUCAACUUAGUGUUUAGGAUUUAGGUACUUGAAUACGAUCUCUUUUUAAGUAUAAAGAAUUAAAUUAUCCAACAGCCCCAGUAUUCAUCUCUGUUUAUAGCCUUAACUGCUUGUAACAAAAAAGAGUCAGUGAAAACAAUAACUUAGUUCUAAGGAUGAAACAUUUACUGCAAUUACAAUUAAGUCCAUUUCUCACUGUACUUUAACUGGGGUAGGUAUCCCUGUUACAAGUGGUUUGAGUCUAGACUGCUUCUCUGCAAAUGCAUACAUAUUAAUAAAUGCUCAGAUGUGAGUAUGGUUGUAAAAGUUGUAGGAGAGAAGGAGAUUCUUUAGGCUACAACUAAGGUAAUUUGAACUUUAUUACUCAAACAGAAAAACUAUUCUGGGAAUUCUCAAUUACCCAUAUCUGUGGUGGGGGAGAGAGUGGGAACUAACAUUUUACACAUAGCCAUGAAGGUAAGGCCAACAUAUUCAUAAAAUGUAAUCAUUGCAUCAUGUCCACUUAAAGCCUAAUGAUUUCAAAGUUCAUUCUGAGAGAAACAUUUUAUUUUUCAAUUUAAAGAGAAUCUACAUUUUAAGCAGAAAACAGUACCUUAAAGAAGAUACGUCCUCUUAUUAAUCCAUAUGGAAUAGGUCCAUAGCACCUGGAAUCUGUAGAAUUCUGUAGAUUAUCACCUUCUAACCAAACAUGACCCAUUGGUACCUAGAAUUAGAGAAGAAAAGCAGCCCCUUUAAAAAAGAAAAAAAAACUAAUUUGGAUAUUAUAGAUAAAAAGUAUGUCUUUUGGAGGUAAGGAUGAAAUGUUCUAAAGUUCUCUUUUAUAAAAUACAAACCUUUCAAUUUACAGUUUUUACUUUUCUUUCUUAAACUAAUAAUUUUUAUUAAAUAGCAAAGGUUUCAACUUUUUUUUAAAAACUCCUUUACCUUUUCAUCAUUAUUCUCUUUUUGUUUAACACAAUCCCCAAACUAAGGUAGAAAAGAUCAAAACAGUGUGACGGGGUCAUUAAUUUAAUAUACUUUAAAAGAGGUCAUUAGGCUGCUGACUGAAAAUGUGCUUUCCUGUCUCAAUAACAGCAUAAGCAGGGCAGCCACUCAGCAACAUCCUGGGGCCAAAAUCAAGGCCAUACCUAUUAGAAUACUUACGAUGAGUUAAAUGGUAAUUGAUUGUGACAUCAAUUAGAAAUAAUGUCAGCAGUUUGAGUGGGCUUGUCAGAAUUCUAAUUAAGAUCCCUGUUCUGACUUUGUACAGGCCAUAUCUUUAAUGCAUUGUACUUCAAUAAUGACCAUCAAGAACCAGAAAGACCUAUUAAAAAAUCAUCAGUUGUAAAAUUAACAAGGGUGACCUUCUAUUGAAUGAAAAAACCCUAUCUCCUGUAAGUCCUGCGUAUUAAUUGGUAAAUAUCAUAAGUUUAAAUUUUCACUCCAUGACAAUGAUAAGCUUACUUAGGAAGAAAAACAUUACUAUAAAAAAUGCAUUCUAUUAUAUGAAACAUUUGCCCAUUAAUAUCUGUUUAAGAUAAACUUAAAAAAAAUUAUU